GGUUACAAUUUUCAUUUGCAGUUAUCAGUUAAUGUGUCAGUAAGGAGGAGUUAUGAAUGAAUUUUGAGGAUUUCGAAUUUAUUGAUCGGUAAUGACUGAAUCAGUGAAUACACGAUUAACUAUUCACAGUUAUUGAUUUUCAAAAUUAAUAACAUUGUAUUUGCGAAAUCUUUUUAAUUAGUUUAGUAAAUAUUAAUACAUUUAUAUUAGUCAUAUUGUGAAAAAUACUAUGCUACACAACACUGAACUUUCGAAAAUUAUGUAUACGCCUAUAUAUAUAUAUAUAAAGCACGAGUAAAAUACGUAGAAAAUCGAUAAAUUACUAUUUUAUAUGUAAAUGGUGCAUGAUAUCUGUUUGAGGAAAAUAUGUACUUUAUUGCACUAAAAUGGUUUUAAAUAACCGUCCACUUUACAACCGAAUUUCAAAUUGUUCUGACAAUAACUGCACAGUUGAUGUAAACGUGUACAGGUCAGUGUUACCAUGGCAGCAAGGAAAAAGGAAAUCAGCUACAGUGAGAUUAAAUGCAAUGAAAUCAGUGAUAGUCGCUAACGGACGAGGAAAUCUAGUUGCAGGACAGUACAAGAAACAAAACAAUAAACUCUAAGCCCUUUAAGACAGAUAAGCCAUCAAAAGAAUACUUCAAAUAAUUUCUAAUUCUAUGAUGAUUCUUUAUUGUUAACCCUGUCCAUGAGACGAUCCAUCUCCAAAUACUGACAAGUAUAGAGCGGCACGACUAUAACACUUCAUUUCAAUUGAUAAUUAAUAACUUACCAAGCACAUAAUUUAUUAAAUUAAAACAAUU